GGAGCCGAGCAGUGGUGGCUGCGGCGGAAGAAGACGAGAACGCGGCGCUCGGCGGCUAGGGGAUCUGGCGUUUGGGGCCGGUAGGUAGGCAGGCAGGCUGGCGCGCCGACUUCAGGGCAGUGAGGGUUGUGCCCCCUCGGUGUCGGGGUGCGGAUCUCCACCGGAGCCCCGGGCCCUCCUCAGGAUCCUAGGCGGCGAGGCCCUCCUGGCUGCCUGCCCCACGCCCAGACACCCGUGCCCCAGCCCGUCGGCCGUCCCACAGCCCAGGGGUCUACAUUUGGGGGGACCUGCCUUUCUCAGCCUGGGGCCACAUCCCCACCUCCUGGGCCUCCCUGGAUGGCAACUCGGCUUCUCUGAGCCGGGACCCCGCAGAAGUACCUUAGCCCCACUUAGAACCUGGCGCUGCCGCCCCUCGACUUAGCUGGGAGCAAGUACCCUUAGCCACGGAGAGCCGCCCGGUCUCAGUGAACCUGUGAGAUGGCAGUGAUGGAGAUUAUGUGCCAGAGUGCACCAGACUCAGAUGUUGGGCACCAGAAGGAGCUUGCCAAAGGAAAGAGCCAGAUCCCAGCAAAGAAGUCCAGCUCUGUCUGCAAACUUGAAACUGUGGAGAAGAACCAUGUUUUCUGUGGGCAAUGGGAAAUCCUGAAUGAUGUCAUUACCAAAGGCACAGCUAAGGAAGGCACGGAAGGAGGGUCGGCCUCCAUCUCCAUCAUUGCCCAGGCAGAAUGUGAGAACAGCCAAGAGUUCAGUCCCACCUUUUCAGAGAGAAUUUUUAUUGCUGGCUCGAAACAGUACAGCCGAUCUGAUAGUCUGGAUCAAAUCCCUAACAAUGUAGCCCACUCAACAGAAGGGAAAAUGACCCCAGCCUUUUGGAAGGCAAAACGUCAUCGAAACAAGGCUGGGAAGAAACGAAAGAAAAAAAACUCCAAGGUGCCAGGCCAGAGGGGUGGACCCUUGGCCAAGCCUCUCCCCAAAACCCCUGAGCAAGAAAGCUGCAUGAUCCCUGUACAGGAGGAUGAGUGCUCAGGCCCAUAUUUCAGGAAUAUCCCUCGGUUUGCCAGCCCUCCAAAGGAGAUGCUCCACAGCCCUGAAAAAGUAGGAGCAGGCCUGCAAUCAGUGCUGAAAACACAUCCUCGAGCGGAACUCCACAAACUGAUCAGCCCAGUGCAGUGCCUGAACCAUGUGUGGAAACUUCAUCACCCCAAGGACUUUUUCCCCCAGACAGACUUAUUGCACUCUUCUCCCUACAAGAGACUGCCCCAUCCUUUCCCCUUCUCCCCACUUGCUCAAAAGCCCAGACCCCUGGGGACCUUCUUGCUGGGCAACUUGGCCUGUGUUGAUAACCAGCACCACCUGUCUGGUCUCAGACUGGAGACUCCCUGUCCAAGGCAUGGUACCUCUGAGAAGCUUUCCGUGGAGGAAUAUCUGGUGCAUGCCCUAAAAGGGAGCGUGAGUGUGGGUGAGCCCAGGAACCUAACCAGCCUCGCCAAGACCUGGCAAGGAGGAGGGACAGGUCACCGGGGCCCGGUUCCCGAGACAGAAGAGAAUGAAGGUGUCCUGCUUAAUGAGAAACUCAAACCAGUGGAUUACGAAUACCAAGAAAAGGUUCACUGGACCAAGAGUCAAGACUGCCUGGGCAGAGGUUCCUUUGGAGAGGUGUACAGAAUGGAAGACAAGCAGACAGGGUUUCAGUGUGCUGUCAAAAAGGUGCAUGUCGGAGUUUUUCGUGCAGAGGAGUUAACGGCAUGUGCUGGACUGACCUCACCCAACUUUGUCCCUUUGUAUGGUGCUGUGAAAGAAGGUUCUUGGGUCAACAUUUUCAUGGAGCUGAUGGAAGGUGGCUCACUGGGUCAGCUGAUAAAACAGAAGGGUUGCCUCCCAGAAGACCGAGCCCUUUAUUACUUGGGGCAAGCCUUGGAAGGGCUGGAAUAUCUCCAUGCACGAAAGAUUCUACAUGGAGACGUGAAAGCUGACAACAUUCUCUUGUCUGGUGAUGGCAGCAGGGCGCUUCUCUGUGACUUCGGCCAUUCCACUGGCUUACAGCCUGAUGGCUUGGGAAAGACCUUUCUUACAGAGAACUAUGUCCCUGGCACAGAGACCCACAUGGCUCCUGAAGUGGUGAUGGGAAAAUGCUGUGACUCCAAGGUAGACGUCUGGAGCAGCUGCUGCAUGAUGCUGCACAUGCUCAAUGGGUGUCACCCAUGGACCCAAUACUAUAGUCGGCCCCUCUGCCUCAAGAUUGCUAAUGAACCACCACCUGUGAGGGAGAUUCCUGCCUCUUGCACCCCUCUCACCACCCAGGCUAUCCAGAAGGGACUGGAGAAGGAGCCUGUCCACAGGGCAUCUGCCACAGAACUAAGGAGAAAGAUCAGUUUGGCAUUGCAGCAUGUGGGAGGUUUGAAAAGUCCUUGGAGAGGACCAUAUAAAGAACCAAGAUGUUUGCCUUUGAACAAAGACAAUAGUCUAGAAACACUGGAAUCCUUGUCUUUGCCAAGUGGGUCCAUCCCAGAAGCUCCAGGACCUGGGCUGGCCAUUGAGGCAAUGGGUUCCACCACCAAACUUCAGCCACCUUUACCACCAGAGCCACCAGAGCAAAAUAAGUUGUUACCUCUGAGCCUGAGCCAGGAAGAGUCUGGGACCUGGGAGCCUCUACCCCUUUCUUCCCUGAGCCACAUCCCUGCCAAAAAUUCCAGUUCAGGGGAGCGAAAACUAACCUCUUCAGAUGAGGAACUUCAGCAACUUGAGAUAGAAUUAUUUCUGGACAGCCUGUCUCAGCCAUACUCCCUAGAGGAGCAGGAACAAAUGCUUUCAUGUCUCAGCAUCGACAGUCUCUCCCUGUCUGAUGCUAGUGAGAAGAAUCUGUCCAAGGUUUCUCAGAGCUUACGAGAGAACUUCAGCUCUGGAAUCCACUCAUGGAACAGUCAGGCAGAUGGGCAGACUUUCAGCUGGGACAACCUACUCGGACGAAGCCGGCACACGGACAUGCCCAGCUAUUUCAAUGGUGUGAAAAUCCAAAUCCAGUCCCUAAAUGGCGAGCACUUGCAUAUACGAGAGUUCCACCGAGCCAAGGUGGGAGACAUCGCAACUGGAAUUAGCAGCCAGAUCCCUGCCUCUGCAUUCAGCCUGGUGACCAAGGAUGGACAGCCUGUACACUAUGACAUGGAGGUACCUGACUCGGGCAUCGACCUGCAGUGCACCCCGGCCCCCGACUGUAGCUUUGGUUGGACCUGGAGAGUCAAGCACGGUCAGCUGGAGAAUAGGCCCUAGCAGCCCUUCAUUCCAGCCCCAGAGCUUGGAAACCUAGAAAUCAGCCUUGGAGGGCCUGGAAGAAGUACCAGGCACAGCUUUUGAUUCUACCCAAAGAGGACGAUGACUUGGCUUUCUCCAAAGGAUUCGGCAUCUGGUAGUAGAGAUGAAAGCUGGAAACAGGAAAGCUGGGACUUGGAAACUUCCCAUGGUCCACCCAGCAUUCCAUCAGUAUGAUGGAGAAAUGGCAGGCGUAUAGUCAUCUUCACUUGGGUCCUGACUAAACGAACUGGUAUGGGCCUUGCUGAUGGACCUUGCUGUGUGUGGAGAAGGAGGAGGAGGAAGACAUUUAAGAUCUUUCUUCCUAGGAAUAGAAAGGGGUUUCCUCUCUUGGCAGAGAAAAGAUGGUGUGGCAUGGCAAUAGGGAGAGAUCAGCUUUGAAUCUGGAGUUGAAGGGAAAUGUGGGACAGCCACUUUGUCCUGCUUUCUCCCAGCAGGUGGGUGUGUGAACCGGAUGGGUGGCUUUCCGGAAGCUGCUCACCUGUUUCCAGUUAGAAGAACUGGUGAGGAGGAUGGGGUGCUGCCUUAAGUUAGUGAGGAGGCUGAGGCAUUCCAUUUUUGCUCCCUUUUCUCUGGCCAGGCAGAUUCUACCUGCUUACCUCGUACUGCAAUUAGAGCCUUGCAGUGAUAUCCAAUAUUCUCUGGACCUCUUCAACCUAGAGAAUUCCAAAUGCAAAGAAAAAAAGAAAAAGAAAAAACCCCAAAGGCAUAAAUGUCCUAUUAGUAGAAUUCUCUUCUCCAUGUUUUUUUGGGGGAGUAUAUCUAUUUGACAAGGUAUUUGUGUGGCAUGAUUCUCAGAUGCCUAUAUGAACCCCACAAAUGUCUUUGUGCAUGUCUUCUGCACCAUCUGCAGGCAGUAAAUAACCUAUUUCAUGAAUUCUUUCCUGAUUACCUUCUACUUGGUAGCCAGGCUGACUCCAGCUUCUGGUUAUAGCACAUUUGAGAGGUCCUUUACUGGCCUAGGUAGGAGAGUUAGCAUUAGGUAGUUUCGGAGUUCUCUUCCAAUACUUGUGUGACCUCAGGUAAGUCACACCUCUGCCUUAGUUUCCUCAUCUGUAAAAAUGAAUGCAGUAAUCCCUCCUUUCUAAGGAUGUGGUAGCAGUGAUGAGAUGAUAUAUCUGGAAGCACUUUGCAAAGAUAAGCACUCCUUAGAAUGCCAGCCCUUAUUGGCUGUAGCUUCCAGGUCCAGCUAGACUAGAGCUUCAGCCCCUUGAUUCCAUUCACACUCAACAGAGAUCCAAUGGAGGAGGUCAGGGGCACUAUGGUACCUCCUUGCAGAGCCUCAGUGCCUUUGUCUGCUUAGACAGGCCAGCUACAUCCAUGUCCACAUCCCUACUAAGCACUAACAGCAGCACUUUGGGUUCUUGGGCAGCCUUUUUUCUCAAAGCACUUUGGCAGCAUUGCUGCCCCCUUUGAGGGGAAGUCAGUUUCCUUGUCCCCUUCAUUUUUUGUUUUUACACUUCAACAGAUUGUAAAGCUCUAAGCAGAAUGAACUUUAAGAUUUCCCACCUACUCCCUCACCCACCCACUGCUCACCCCAGAAGAGGGGCAGAAAACUCUUUAGCCUUUGUCAGGAGCAGAGCAAGGCCUAGACACUGACCUUCUGGCUCCUGCUCCCUUCCCAUCCUGAUCACCAUGCCCUCGCCUUGCAGCAUUAAACCAACUGUGAACUGUUUACAUUUAGGAGGAGGGGCAGUCAUGCCACCACCAGCCCCAGAGCUAAUCUGAGAUGGGAAUCUCCUUGUUCUGCCUCCUCUUGCCCAAGGCUGAUGGUCUUUUCUUCCAUAGAUGGGGGUUUUUUGGCAUGAGCCCUUGUCCAAAGGCUCUGGUCCCACCAUGAACUUUUUGUGCCAUUAUGGGGAUAGGAGUGGAGAAAAAUUAAGUUUAGGGGGCUGAGAGGAGAUGAGCAGUAGCACGUUCCAGCAGAAAGUUUGGGGUUGGGUUUGGUGUCAGACGACCUCAGUUCAAAUCCAAUCUCUACCACUUCCUGGUAUGACCCUGUGCACAUCUGUGAGGCUCUCUGAGCUUUGAUCUGCUUACCUGUAAUAUGAAGGAGUUAGUUGGACUACACAACCACUGAGGUCCCUUCCAGCUGAAAGACAGACAUCUUAAAGGACAUUAAGAUGGUUGCUCUGAGAAGGUGAGGCAAAAGCCCCUUCGGAGGGCCCUCCGGUCAUUCUACCUUUGUGCACCCAUUGAAAACCUCAAAUGCCAACAGACACUUCUGAUAGAGCCUACAGCUGCCCAGCACAGGACAGAUGUUUCACCUCAGCUUCUACACCAUCCUUGCACCACCACCACCAAUGGCCUCAAAUGUGGGUAUGGCUUUUCAGAGCUGAGUUGUAAAUUGCCUUUUUUAAAACAAUAAAGUUUGAAAGUGAUUAUUUUCC